ACCCUUGGUGUGUUUGAAAGUGUCCAUGUGACAGGUGUCCAUGGAAGAUGUUCCCAAAUGGUUGUUCACAUUCUCAUUAGUGGCACUUCAUUGAAAACAUUGCAACAGGCGCACUUGUGUUUUGGUGAAGCCACGCCUUUACUUUCAUCCGAUUGGUCAAGACACACACACACACACACACACACACACACACACGCUUGAACUUUUUUUUUUAAAUCCCGUGCACAGAGCGCAUGACGCUCGCGCACCGGGAAAAGGUCGGGAUCGGGGUUUCACGAGCGCCGUGAAAAAAAUGAUCUAAACGCAAUAGUAGAAGAAGAAGAAGAAGAAGAAGAAGAGCAGAAGAAGAAUGAUCCAUGCUUGAGGAAAGCUCUGUGCGCGCGCGCCAUGGAAAGAAAGAAACGACUUCCAUCGUCGUUGCUCCUGAUGCUGAUGCUGAUGCUGUGCGUCGUCGCGAGCGCGCAGCAGAACGUGCUACGGAUCGGCGGCAUUUUCGAGACGCUGGAGAACGAGCCGGUCGGUGUAGAAGAGCUGGCUUUUAAAUUUGCAGUGACCAGCAUCAACCGCAACAGGUCGCUAAUGCCCAACACAACACUCACCUACGACAUCCAGCGCAUCAACAUGUUCGACAGCUUUGAAGCCUCAAGGAGAGCAUGCGAUCAGCUGUCCCUGGGUGUGGCCGCGGUCUUUGGGCCAUCACACAGCUCCUCGGUCAGUGCGGUGCAGUCCAUCUGUAACGCCCUGGAGGUUCCUCACAUACAGACACGGUGGAAACACCCAUCGAUGGACAACAAAGACAGCUUCUACGUCAACCUUCACCCAGAAUAUGCCUCCAUUAGCCGGGCUGUGCUUGACAUUGUGCACUUCUACAAAUGGAAAAGUGUCACCGUAGUGUAUGAGGAUGCAACAGGUCUGAUUCGUCUGCAGGAGCUGAUCAAAGCUCCGUCCCGUUACAGCAUUAAGAUUAAGAUCCGCCAGCUGCCUGUGGGAAACAGAGACGCUCGGCCGCUUCUCAAAGAGAUGAAGAAAGGUAAAGAGUUCUGCGUCAUCUUCGACUGCUCAUACCAGACCACAGCCGAGGUGUUAAAACAGUUACUUUCUAUGGGAAUGAUGACGGAAUACUACCAUUUCUUCUUCACCACGCUGGAUCUGUACGCUCUGGAUCUGGAGCCGUACCGCUACAGCGGCGUGAACAUGACAGGUUUCCGCCUGCUGAACAUAGACGACCCACAGGUGGCAUUGGUGCUGGGGAAAUGGUCCAUGGAAAGAGUUCAGGGUCCACCGAAACCUGGCAUAAUGGAGGGCAUGAUGACGACCGAAGCGGCUCUGAUGUACGAUGCCGUGUUCAUGGUGGCUGCAGCGGCGCAGCGGGCGGCGCAGAUCACAGUCAGCUCGCUGCAGUGCCACCGACACAAACCAUGGCGCUUCGGGUCGCGCUUCAUCAGCACAUUUAAAGAAUCUCAGUGGAGCGGAUUAACUGGACAGAUUGUCCUGAACAGGACGGAUGGACUGAGGAAAGAUUUCGACCUUGACAUCAUCAGUCUGAAAGAAGACGGCAUGGAAAAGUCUGAUGCUGGGCAUCUUCAUAAAGUGUGGAAGAAGAUCGGGGUAUGGAACUCUAACACUGGUCUUAACUUGACGGAUAGCAAAGACAAGUCAGGUAACCUUACGGACGCCAUGGCCAACAGAACUCUGAUCGUCACGACUAUUCUGGAAAACCCGUAUGUGAUGUAUAAGAAAUCGGACAAGCCACUGUAUGGGAACGACCGAUUCGAGGGUUACUGCUUAGACCUGCUGAAGGAGCUCUCCAACAUCCUGGGAUUUUCCUACGAGGUCAAACUUGUCUCAGAUGGCAAAUAUGGUGCCCAGAAUGACAAGGGGGAGUGGAAUGGCAUGGUCCGAGAGCUCAUUGAUCACGUGGCGGAUUUAGCGGUGGCCCCACUCACCAUUACCUAUGUCAGGGAGAAGGUAAUCGACUUCUCAAAACCAUUUAUGACCCUGGGUAUCUCCAUCCUGUACCACAAACCCAACGGCACAAACCCAGGCGUCUUUUCCUUCCUGAACCCACUCUCCCCUGAUAUCUGGAUGUAUGUUCUUCUCGCCUGCCUAGGAGUCAGCUGUGUCCUGUUUGUGAUCGCCAGGUUCACCCCUUAUGAAUGGUACAAUCCUCACCCCUGCAACCCUGACUCUGAUGUGGUGGAGAACAACUUCACACUAAUCAACAGUGUGUGGUUUGGUGUUGGAGCUCUAAUGCAGCAAGGUUCCGAGCUGAUGCCUAAAGCUUUGUCAACUAGGAUUGUUGGGGGCAUCUGGUGGUUUUUCACACUCAUCAUCAUCUCGUCGUACACUGCCAACCUCGCUGCAUUUCUCACUGUUGAGCGCAUGGACUCGCCCAUCGACUCGGCUGACGAUCUUGCCAAACAAACCAAGAUCGAGUAUGGAGCUGUGAGGGAUGGUUCCACCAUGACCUUCUUCAAAAAGUCGAAGAUCUCAACGUAUGAGAAGAUGUGGGCCUUCAUGAGCAGCCGUAAGAACACAGCUCUGGUGAAAAACAACCGCGAGGGAAUCCAGCGCGUACUGACCACCGACUAUGCACUCUUGAUGGAGUCCACUAGCAUCGAGUACAUCAGCCAGCGCAACUGCAACCUCACACAAAUCGGAGGCCUCAUUGACUCCAAGGGCUAUGGAGUGGGAACCCCGAUUGGUUCCCCUUACCGUGACAAAGUGACGAUUGCGAUUCUGCAACUGCAGGAGGAAGGGAAGCUGCACAUGAUGAAGGAAAAGUGGUGGCGAGGAAAUGGUUGUCCAGAGGAGGACAGUAAGGAAGCAAGCGCUCUUGGUGUCGAGAACAUCGGCGGCAUCUUCAUUGUCCUCGCUGCCGGGCUCGUGCUUUCCGUGUUUGUGGCGAUUGCAGAGUUCGUUUACAAAUCCCGCAGGAAUCUUGAUGUCGAGGAGGCGAGUGUUGCACAGUGCGAGUGGCACAACAAGUACUGACCACAGCGGAAAUGGAUCAAUAAUAUCUUCCCAACGCAUCAUCAUGGGCCUUCUUGCAAUGGUCCAUUGGGAAUGUUGACCCUUCUGAUUCCAGAAUUGGAAAAAGACCCUCACUCAAAGGGGAUAACUGAACAAUUACAGAAAGUAUUAUUUUCCUAGCAUUCCCAUACUUCAGUUUUUCUUCUUUUUUUUGCCGUCUAGCACAAACUGUUGUCUUUUCACCUUCUCAAAUCUCUUUAUAUGUGAAUAUAAACUCUUAAAAACUCUGGAAGUACAUUUAAUAUGAUGGCUUUUAUUCCCAGUGUAUUGUACUAUAGGUCAUGAGUUCUGUGUGUAUAGAAAGGUUUUUUCCUUCAGAAUUAAGCUCUGUUUUUUUGUGAUGAGCAGAAGAUUCAGCGCCACCUGUUUGACAGUUUGAUACCCCGAUCAGGCUUAACUUUAUGAUCACUGACAGGUGAAGUGAAUACCACUGAUUAUCUUUUCAUCAUGGUGCCUGUUGGUGGGUGGAUAUAUUCAUUACGCAGCACAGACAUUUUGUCCUCAAAGUUGAUGUGUUAAAAGCAGGAAAAAUGGCCAAGCUUAGGUAUUUGAGUGAAUUUGACCAGUGCCAAAUUGUGACGUCUAGACGACUGAGUCAGAGCAUCUCCAAAACUGCAAGUCUAGUGGGCUGUUCCUUUUCUGCAGUGGUCAGUAUUUAUCAAAAGGGGCCCAAGGAGGAAACAGCGGUCAUGGGUGGCCAUGGUUGACUAAAGACUGGCUCGUGUGGUCCUAUUCAACAGGUGAGCCACUGCAGCUCAAAUUGCUGAAGACGUUAAUGCUGUUAAUGCUCGACUGGUUAGGACUGGGGGACCAACACAAUUUUAAGCAAGUGGUGAUAAUGUUAUGCCUGAUUGGUGUAUAUACUAUAUGGACAAAAAUAGUGGGACAUGACUUUUUCAGCCAUAUGUGGUUUUCCCCCAAACAGAUACCACUCAUUUGGUGGCAGAUGAUUGUAUAGGAGGUCUUUGGAUGUGGUAGAAUGAAAAUUUCCCUUCACUUGAACUAGGAGCCCCGAACCUGUUCCAACAUGUCAAUGCUACAUGGGUUGGAGUGGAAGAUAUCCUGCUAUAGAGCUCUGACCUCAACCCUAUUGAGAUGAAUUGGAACAGCACCCCCGGCCUCCUCACCUCGCCUCACACACAUCCUCACCUACCUGACUUUCCUGUCACCUUUGUGGCUGAACGAAAUCUCACAUUUCCACAAAAAUCUUGUAAAACAUCUUCCCGGAGGAGUGGGGCUCAGAAAAAGGGGAAAUGAAGACAAAUGUGAAAUGGGAUAUUAACAACAGAAGAACACAUACCAGUCUUAUGCUUAAGUGUCCACAAACUUGUGUCCAUAUAGUGUAUAAAAAUGACCGUAUUGCACAUCUAUUACUGUAAUACUGCUUUUUGUUUAAAGGCAUUGGAGUAGCUGCUUCUGAAGAAAAUUCUACUUGGAUGUGCGUAACCCGAUUUUGAAUACGGGGAACUUUCCCAUAAUGCAUAAAUACUGAUAAACUUGUUUCACCCUGAAUAUUUAAUCCUUAUAUUCGAUUAUUAUAUUAUUUUAUACUAUUAUUUUUCAAUGCCCAAUGCAGUGAUUUCUCAACAGGGUACUUACUUAUAAUGUCGUAUUUUCUCUUGUCAUUCAGGAUGCAUUUUUUAAUAAGAGUACAUGUAUGAAAUUAUAAUAUAAAUUCUAACCAGCCUUGGUUUUUUUUUUUAUUAUUAUCAUUACUAUUGUUAUUAUUAUUAUUAUUAUUAUUCAUUUGACCUCUGUGUUAGUGACUCUUUCCUCUUUCAGAGCCUGUAAGCUGAACUGAGAUGGUUUUAUAAUAUUUAUAUUUUGAUCUGUUGUUUGGUCUUAAUACAGUAUAUGUGUGUAGCGCCCCUUACCCGUGUUAUUUAUAGUGUAGUAAGGAGCAGCACCAGGUUCACUAAACAAAUGCCUCAGAGAUGUUGUAUAAAGGCCCCUCUGAUAUCACUGCAUAAAUUGACUCUCGUGUAGUAAAUAAUCUUAAACAUAAAACGUAUGUUACACAAAGUUCCAUAGUGCACAAUGUGAACUAUUUAAAGUAACCUGUGGGCCCACACACACAUGCACACACACACUCAGUAGCAGGCCUGAAUCGUGGCUCGGGUACGUAGUGGCCGUGAAAACAGAAAACUGGCCUCUUCACUCUCUGAAGCAUAUUAGAAACGAAAAGGGUACCUUAACUCCCUUAGAACUCUGUGACGGCAAAACCGGUGGUAAGCCUCCUCCGAUCCUUGUCCCGCGUUUUGCCUGGCCGCCUAUGUGUCACUCUCCAAUACAGCCACCAGAAAAUCGCUAUUAUCAGGAUCAGUAUGUGGUCUUCUAAGCAGAAUCUCCCAAUUUCUCCUCAAUAACAGUCCUUUUCUCCUUCUUUUGAGUUAAUUUCUUAGUAUACCACUAAGCUGAGUCCAUUUCCUCACUCAUUGCUUGCUCAUUAGCUAAUCGCCAUGAGGGAAAAGUCCCCCCGGUAAACUCAAACUUAACAUAUAAAACAAUCAGUGUAUUAACACACGCUCUACACUUUAAGUAAAUUAUACAAUUAGUUAUCAAAUAAUUCACUCUUAUUACUGCAAAUUUUCAGCUUAAUCAAUCAGAUCAGCCUCCUGGCAGCACCGUCUCUUCCCUUUUUUUUCUCUCUCCACCCAAAUUCUAGAUUUUCCGGGAAACCCGGGAUUAACCAAUAGCAAACAAGUAAAAUAAAGACCAAAUUAACUUGUGUCAAACACAUUUUCCACAUGUACACACCAAUCGACCUUGCUACCAUUAGCGGCACUCUUAAAGAGACAAGCACACAUAUUCUGUGACUUGGAAUGAACCAUUAAUUUAGUCUUAUCCAGAGCUAAUCAUCUAAUUAUAAACAAACUAACCCUCUAUAUUCUAGAAUUUUUUUUUAGUGGGUUACAUGUGUAUGAUUUUUUUGAGGGAUGUUCUUUUUGUUACUAUGCAACAAACUUGGUCAUGUAACGGCAUGAAGAUUCACUUUGGCUUAACAAAUAUAAAAAUGUACA